AACAAUCAAAACUGAGAGAGAUGUAUUUGUUGUCUCUAGAAGCACUAAGAAGCAUAUGUAAUGGUCCGGCUCCACGUGCAAUGUUCCGGAGUCUUAAAACCUUGACCGUGUACGAUUGCGAGCUGCUGCAAAGUCUGUUCGCAUCUGAUGUAGCUGAGUGUCUUGUUCAAUUGGAAGACCUUUUUGUAGAGGGGUGUCCUUUGUUGGAAAGAGUAACGGAAGCAGUGAACAAAGAUAAGACGGUUCUACCAAACCUGAAGAACUUGGUUUUGAUGAAUCUUCCUAUGUUGUAUGGUCCAAGUGCUACUACUGUUGAUAUUGAGUGUCCUUCAUUGGAACACCUGGUGGUGGUGGAUUGCCCCCAAUUUUCAUUUUCAAUCUCUUCCGAUCUCUUUGAAGACUUGGAAAGCCGGAACCAGUUUUCAUUUUCAACCUCCGCUUCUGACUACUUUGGCAGCAGGAACCCAGUCCAACUCAGUGAUCCACAACUGUACGAGUUUUUAGGUCGCAGGAAGUCUAAGUGGAUGGGGGAGCAUAUGAAAUGGUUCUGCUGAUGUGCAAUGUUUCACACUUGUCAAAGUUUGUCGAGAAGAAUAAUUGAAGGAAGGUAGAAAGCAAGGAA